AUGCGCGCCACUUUCCUCCUCGCCACAGCCCUGUCGGUGCUGACGGUCAGCGCCGAUGAAAAGACCACUACGGUGGGCAUUUACAACCCGGACUGGGAUGUCACCGUCCCCAAAUACGGCGGAUGGACCAGCACGGCGGCCAGUGUCGCGGGGGUCAACGCCAAGGCCACCACCUACCACCUGGGCUGUCUCAAGGACGCCCCCAAGACCGACUGUGACAUCAAGCACUCGUGGACCAUCAUCCAGGGCCCCUCGACGGUGAGCGUGUCGGGCGAAUACAUUGCGUCGACCUCCGGCAAGAGCACGAGCUACGACUACACCGUGACCCGCACGUACGAAUGUUCGCUCAAGUCCUGGAGUGAGUCGGCCAGCUGCACGAUGAGCCUGGCCAUCACCGGCACUUUCGAUGGCGGUUCAUACGCGUCUUCCACCUCGACUCAUUCCACCUACGGCCCGACCAAGACCUUCGCAGAACUGGUGGUUACGGGCGGACUCAAGUCGCUGACGGAGCCUGCCGCCACCAAGACGGCUGAUGCGGCGAACGGCAAUGGGGCAGUGGGCGCGAUGAUCACCGCUGCUCCUGUGGUCGCGGCUGCGGCGGUGGCUGUCCUGCUGUAG